UAAGCUAAUACAGAAUACAAGUGAAUGAACCGAACGCCAUAAAGCGCUCUUGUACAAAGUAUUUUAUUUUAUUUUUAAUACUUAUGUUUAUAGUGGGAUCAAUAACGAAGCUGUACGUGGCCGCUGAUACGGACUGUUGUUCACGCCGGAAGAAGCUGGAUUCUAUGUUGUUGUGGACUUAAAAAAAACCCAACUAAAUGGCUGGAUAUGAAAUUUUUCUGGAUGUUUUCCUGGACUUUGGAACUGCAGAACCGGACCGUGAGCCGAAGUGGACAGCUGGACCGGAGUUGGAGCAGCUUUGUUACCGGACCGGUAAUCCCCGGUGGGAUUGGCUGAAUGAAAGCUUUGAACGAUGCAGAACGUCUCUUCACAGCAGCACUUUAUCCUGAAUGGUUUUGCAGAACUGGGCGACCUGAGGCCGGUCCUCUUCGUCCCGUUCCUCCUCAUGUUCAUCGUGGCUCUGCUGGCCAACUCUCUGCUGGUUUAUGUCGUCGUUUCUCAAAGGAGCCUUCAUCAGCCUAUGAGCAUCCUCAUCGCCGGCAUGGCUUGUGUUGAACUCUGCCUCCCAGUGUUCUUUGUUCCCAACAUGUUGCUCAGCUUCCUGUUUGACUGGAAGGGGAUCUCUCUGAUUGGCUGCCUGGUUCAGAUGCACUUCAUUCACUUCUUUGGAGCGUUUCAGACCACCUUCCUGGUGUGGAUGGCUCUGGAUCGAUACUUUGCUAUUUGUACGCCACUUCACUACCAUGAACUGAUGGCGCUGCAGAGAUUCCUGAAGUUUAUCGUCCCACUGGUUGUCAGAAACAUGCUCCUCAUCUCUCUGUUUGUGAGUUUGGCAGGAAAGCUGUCGUUCUGCAGGAAUGUGAUGAACCACUGUUUCUGUGAGCACAUGGCCUUGGUGGAGCUGGCCUGUGGCUCCACCGCCAUCAACAACCUGGCUGGACUGAUGGCUAUUUUCUUCAUUCCUGUUUUUGACUUCUUUGUCAUCGCUGCUUCUUACAUUGCAAUAUUCAGCUCUGUGUUGAGAUCCAGCAGCUCUGGUGUGAAAGCACUACACACCUGCAUCACUCACAUCAUGGUCCUCACCUUCAGUCUGACCUUAGCUCUCAUUGCUUUCCUGUCAUAUCGAGUUAAAAGUGGACUUCCUGAAGCUGUCCGGGUUUUCUUCAGCACCAUGUACCUGUUGUUCCCGAGCUGCUUCAACCCGAUCAUCUAUGGCAUCAGAACCACUGAGAUCAGGCAGCACAUUCUGAACACUCUGACGCACUGGAAACACUUUGUCCAGGUCCUUCCCUACCAUUAGAAACCACUUCCACCUCCAGUUGUUCCAAAAUAACAAAGAUCCUCUGAGCACCUGAGCAAGCAGCUCACACUCCUGGAACUGCCUCAGAGCUAAACCGAAAAAUAAAUCUCAUCCAUCAGAUCUGACUGGACAUCUAACAGGACGAACCUAAACGAUACAACGGGGCUGGCAUUGAACCGAACCCUCACCUCAUUUCCACCAGCUGCACCAAAGAAAAGUCACCAAGCAGUUGGAGAUGACAUCAUCCUUCAUCCUGGUACCAAAGACUCGUCAGCCAGCUCGAGUCGUAAUACAUCCCAUCAUGUCUCCAACUGGAAACCACUGAAAAAGGUUUGACUCUACAACAGACAUCUGGCCUCCAAACAUCAACCAGCUUUCUCCCAAAGUGACCCAGAAACGCCAAAAGGUCUUAUUGUAGGUAGGUAAAAGGAAUCUACUGAUUUGGAGAGAAUGAAGGUUCUCUGCUUUCUGAGUGACGCCAAGACAGUAAUCCCACUGACCUCUGAUCAGCCGAACAUUGAGAAUCUAAUCAUACACACUGGAGCUAAUGGCCAAACGAAAUUCAGAAAAAUCUCUGCCAGCUCAGUGACCUUCAUUGACAACCACAAUGUCUUUUGGGAGUGUCAUCAUCGUUUCAGACAGAAUGGAGUCGUUCUUAAACCCUUAACCCUCAGACCUGGAAAAUACAAUGGAAAAACGACAUGUGGGCGUUCCGGUGCAUGUUAAUCAAGUUGGGAAAUGAUUUUUUGUUGCUAAUCUUUUGAUCACUGUUAAUGUCAGGCCUCAGACACAGAACAACAAUGAGAUCACUGUCCCAGCAAACACUGUAGAAGGACAGAAACUCACUGUU